AUGGUUUCGACACUUUCUCUCCGUCAUGCCGUUGUGGCCGCACUUGCCUUUAACGGAUUGGCUAUCGCCCACUACGAAACCGGAAACGCGGAAACAGCCAUCAAAGAAAAGCGCCAGGUAGCGCCUCGGCAGCUCGACCAGCUUCUCGGUCUUCUUGCUGGCGCUGGUGCUGGCGGUGCCGCUGGUGGUGCUGGCAAUGGGGCUGGUGAUGGGGCCGCUGGUGGCAAGAACAACGCUGGAGCUGGUGGCGCUCUUGACGGUCUUCUCGGUGGAGGCGCAGCCGGCAAGAAGAAUGAAGGAGCUGCAGGUGGGGCUCUCGAUGAUCUUCUAGGAGGCAAAGGGAAGCAAGGGAAAGCAGGUGCCGGCGGUGCUGGCGACGCUGCUGCUCCAGGCGGGGCCGUCGGCGGCGGUGCUGCAAACAAUAGCACUGAAGUUCCGCCUGCCAAUGGUGGCAAAGGUCAAGGCAAAAACCAGGGCAAAGGCCAGGGCAAAAACCAGGGCAAAGGUCAGGGAAAGAACCAGGGCAAAGGUCAGGGCAAGAAUCAAGGAAAGGGAAAGGGAGAUGGAGCAGGCAAGAACAACAAUGCUGGUGCCGGCGGCGCUGCCGCACCCGGGGAGGCUGCUGCGACAAACACGGCCGACUGUGGUGCCGCUGCUCCAUCUACACCCCCGGCUGCGGCCGAUGGCAACGGCAACGACAACGGCAACGGCAACGGCAACGGCAACGGCAACGGCAACGGCAACGGCAACGGCAACGGCAACGGCAACGGCAACGGCAACGGCAACGGCAACGGCAACGGCAACGGCAACGGCAACGGCAACGGCAACGGCAACGGCAACGGCAACGGCAACGGUAACGGUAACGGUAACGAAAACAAUGACAACAAUGGCCAGGAUAAUGCUGGCGAGGGCAAUGCUGGUCAAGGAAAUGGCAACGCCGGCCAGAACAACGACAACAAUAACGAUGCUGGUAACGAUGCCGGCAAUGGAGCUGGCAAUGGCGCCGGCAAUGGCAAUGAGGAUGACAAUGGGGAUGGCAAUGGAGCUGGCAAUGGCGCUGGCAACGGCAACGCUGGCAACGGCAACGCUGGCAAUGGGGAUGGCAAUGGCGCUGGCAAUGGCGCUGGCAAUGGCGCUGGCAACGGCAAAGCUGGCAAUGGGGAUGGCAAUGGGGAUGGCAAUGACGCUGGCAAUGGCGCUGGCAACGGCGCUGGCAACGGCAACGCUGGCAAUGACGAUGAAGAGGGUGCACAGAACGAUAAACGCCGGGUCCAAGUUAUGCGGAGGCGUGAUGUUCUCGCCAACCUGCAUUGGUAA